AGGAUAGCUAAUACGUCUCUCUCUCUCCUUCUCUUUCCUUUCUCUCUCUUCCUUCUUUGCUUCUCCUUGGCAGAGAAGAGAAGAGGAGUGCGUAAGCUUAUACAGAGGUUUUUGGAAAGGAUUUUUUGUUCUAUUUGCUGUGUUGGUGGUGGUGAAGAUGAUGGUUGCAAAUAGUUUUGAUCUAUGGCAAAAAGAUGCAUUCUUUUCUGCAGCUGAGGAGGUUCAGGAAUCUGCAGAUAUAAUGGAAUCAGCAUAUAGGACAUGGGUAAGAGAGAGGAGAGAAGGACUAACACAUGAGGAUUUGGAUGAACUCUAUAGAGAGCUGAAAACUGCUUUGGGUACAGCAAAAUGGCAGUUGGAAGAGUUCGAAAGAGCUGUUAGGUUGAGUCACAGGCAACGCUGUGAUGAUAAUACAACAGCAAGGCAUAGGCAAUUCAUUGCUGCCAUAGAAAACCAAAUUUCUCAUGUUGAAGAAGCAUUAAGGGAAUCCUUUAAUGAGGAAGGUAAGCAACCCCCUCAAUGGGUAAAUUUGGAUCAAGAAGAACGGGAUGAUUUGGCAUUGUUUCUCUCUGGCACUUCCGGGACCUUGCAAAAUGCAAAGGAAGAGCAUGUAGAGCUUGGACAUUCCAUGAAGGGCUCUCCUAGGGAGAAUCAUUACAAGAGAAAAGAGACGGAUUUUAAUCUUAAUGCUGCCUGCAACAGAGAUAUGCCUGAUGAAAUCAAAGGUUUUAAAGAUGUUGUUACAAUUAAUAAGGAUGCUACAUAUAUCAUAGAACUAGAAGCAAAAGAAGCUCCUGGAACAAGGGAUGAUAUAAACUGUCAAGCAGAUAGAACAACUGGUACAAGGAGAACAGGGAACUCACCUCCUGGUUCUUGGAAGAUUGUAAUUGCUGAUGAAGAUGAACACAGCAAGAAACUGGUGCCAAGUAUUGAGGCCACACCGAAGGGGAAGGGAUCCAAAGCAGUCCUCUGGAAGCAAAGGUGGGGAGAACAUCCUCAGGCGAAGAGAGGAAUUAAUUGGUUCAAUCAGAUCUUUGGACGAGUUGGUGGGCUCCAGAGACAAUUACAGAGUCCCUUACAGUUGCAGUUUAGUUGUUCAGUCCAACUUACAAUUGCAUUGAUGCUAACUAUCUUUUUGAUCGGUAGGCUCCUGACCUGCUUCAUGUUUUAGCAUUAAUAACUGCCUAGUCCUAAUGUUUAUGGAACCUUUGUCUUCUCUCCUCAGUGUUUUCUCGUCUUGUAGCCCAUGGUAAAAUUUGCUAAUUUAUAGAUUGGAGAUCAAGAUAAAAUGCAAUGUAGAGGAAAUGCUGUUAUUUUCUUAGAUAUCGCAUAAAUAAUACUAUGCUAUUUACAAGUGCUAAAAUCAUGACAAACCUAAUUUUCAUUUUGUUAACAUCGUUUUAAGCUUUAAAAUUUAAAAGGAUAGGAAUCAGAAUAUAUUGUUGAUGUUAAAAAGUCACAUUUUCUGUUUUUCUAAUCCAAGUAAAAUUUGUAAAAUUUUAGGAUUUUAGUUUCAAUUGCAUUCUUUUUAAUUCUCAAAAUAUGUUGACUAGUCAUCGAGAUGAUUGGACUGUUUAUCUAUGUAUGUCAAGUGAUGUUGCAUUAUACGGGUGGUGCAAGUAUCAAAACCUAACGAAUUGUAAAAAUUGUAAAUCUGGGAAACAAUUUAACAUUUGCAUUGAGUAGGAACCUUUUUUUGUUUCAUAUAUAGAAUUUCUUCUAUUGAACAAUAUUAGAUUGUAUAACUUGCCUCACUUUUGUAUCCUCAAAAUCUCAGAGAGUUACUUAGAAACUUGCACAGGAAAAAGAGUCAUGCCAAAGGGAAGGAAAUAGGAAUCCCAUGUCCAACACUGUGGAUUGUUGGUGUUCACCACUGAUUGGACACAAGGCUUGACUUGUUAUAAGUAUGCUCAUAGCAUGCAUUUGAAGUUUUCAUUCUUUAGAUAAUGGAGUUCCAUUUUUCAGAUGCAAUAUGUGUUGAAUGGUUUUCUUUUUUUUGUUUUCAUAUGUCAUGCUGCUAAAAUCUGUGCUUGGAAUGCAAAUUCAGAAUGUCUUCUAAUGGCUCAGCCCUUGGGGCUGAGAUUAAGGGGCAAGGGAGUUGGAUCAGGGAUGGGCAUGGUUCUAGGUUCAAUUCCACUACACCCUCCAAAAAUAUUACUUUAUGAGGGGGGGUAGGGAAAGGAAAGAAUGCUUUCUAAUGUGUCACUAGAAUGAUAUCUUGUGGCUUAUGUGUCACUUGUUCAGAUAUCUUUUACAUGUUAUCCGUAUCUGAUAGACAUAUCCAUAAAGUACCAUUCUUGAUAUGGGAUUUAUAAAGUCUGUAUGAGACAUUUCUGUUUACAUAGGAUGUCCUUUCAAGAAACCUCAUAUUUCCAAAAUUUAGUGGAAACACGGAGUAGAGUUUUAUAAAUCUAGUUUACUUUAUCCUAGCCAUAUGCAUGAUGGAUGUCUAGGUUUUAGAAGCAAUCUUCAAUAUUCAAAGUUUAGGAUCUCAGUAGUCAUUCUCCACUUAUGCUGCAGCAUAUGAAGAAGAACCAUUAUCAUUUGCUGUUAUUAUCAUUUUUAGCUUUGGACCAUGUUGUAUCAUUAAGAGCAGAUAGCCUUGACAGCGGCUCUCCUUCUUUUGUUCAAACAAGGAGUAAAUGAGCUUUCUAAAUGUAGGAUGAGUUGAAAUUGAAUUCAAACCUGUAAAUCUUAGAUAUAGGGUGAUAUUUGGUUGUUAGUCAAUAAUCAUGCUGAAGUUUUGUUAAAUUUGUCUGCAGUGCCUUUUGUACUCUAUUCAAACUGAGACUGAAAUGGCUUCUAUUGCUCGGAAUCAGGAUGUGAGGUAUC